UAUCACUUGAGUCAGCGCACAGCGACAAGACCGAAGCAGGGAUUCUGACCGAAGAGACUCAUCUGACAAUAUUUUGAACAGAUCAUCCAUACAAAAUGGUGGUGAAAAUUUUAACCUUCUGGAUUUUUCUGUUUGCGGUUUUAUUUUUGGUUCUUUGUCGCGCAGCGGAUAACAAGUCCAGUCAACCAUCAAGCUACAAAGUGCAACCUCCACCGUACUUUUAUCCUGGGAUGCCUGGUAUGCACGGAAAGCCUGGGCUCCCCGGGGCGCCUGGACGUGAUGGCCGUGAUGGACGCGAAGGAGUCCAAGGUGACCGGGGCAGCCCAGGGAAGACUGGGCCCAAGGGACCCCAAGGUCCUAAGGGAGAUCCUGGUGUGAAAGGGGAACCAGGAGCACUGGGUCCUCCCGGCCAAAAGGGGCGGAGAGGAGAAAGUGGGACAAACGGAAUCCCUGGGACUCCUGGUGCGAAACCUCUAAAGAACUGGAAAGAGUGUGCCUGGAAGAACGUGAAUGACGGCAGAGACAAUGGCUUGAUUAAGGUAUUUGUCUCUACAUUUAAUUUCAUUGCACAAUGA